CAUGGCCGGACCCCCUUGCAUCUUGCUGCCCACAAGGGUCAUCUCCACGUUGUCCAGGUCCUGUUGAAGGCAGGUUGUGACCUGGAUAUUCAGGAUGAUGGUGAUCAGACAGCAUUGCACCGGGCUGCUGUCGUAGGGAACACCGAUGUUAUAGCAUCUCUGAUUCAAGAGGGGUGUGCUUUGGACAGACAAGACAAGGUUUUUUCUCUUCAUGAAGCGUGUUGGCAUGGAUUCAGUCAGUCCGCCAAAGUGCUCGUUAAAGCAGGAGCCAACGUUCUUGCCAAGAACAAGGCAGGUAAUACACCUCUUCACCUGGCUUGCCAGAAUAGCCAUUCCCAGAGUACUCGUGUUUUGUUACUUGGAGGAUCUCGAGCAGACCUCAAAAAUAAUGCAGGAGAUACCUGUCUGCAUGUGGCUGCUCGUUAUAAUCACUUGCCCAUCGUUAGGGUGCUGCUCAGUGCUUUCUGUUCUGUCCAUGAAAAGAACCAGGCAGGGGACACUGCACUCCAUCUAGCUGCGGCUCUGAAUCACAGGAAGGUGGUUAAGCUGUUGCUGGAGGCAGGGGCCGAUGCAUCCGUGGUCAACAAUGCAGGUCAGACCCCUCUAGAGGUUGCCAGACAGCACAAUAACCCUGAAGUUGCUCUCCUCCUCACUAAAGCAUCACAGGUCUCGCGCUUUAACCGUGGAAGAAGCCUGAGGAAGAAGAGAGAGAGGCUGAAGGAGGAAAGGCGAGCGCAGUCGGUACCACGGGAUGAAGUGGUACAGAGCAAGGGCAGCGUCUCGGCUGCUGACGACACGCCGAGCAGUGACCAGCCACCGCAGGGGAAGAGCGAUCUGAAAGACGAACCCCGGUCAACCUCACCAGAUCCCAAAGGGAAGAAGAGCAAAAAGAAAAAGCCAAAGGAAAAGGUUUCAGCUCUCUCAGACCCCAUCUCCCCAGCUGAUCAGCAGACUCUCCCUCGGCCCCAGCAAAACGUGCCGAAGCGCAGAAGUAAACAUCACUGCACGUCUCCACCCCCUCCCCACGAGGUCCGAGCCUACCAGCUCUACACGCUCUAUCGAGGAAAGGAUGGGAAGGUGAUGCAGGCACCAAUAAAUGGAUGUCGUUGUGAGCCCCUGAUAAAUAAACUGGAGAAUCAGCUGGAGGCAACAGUAGAAGAGAUGAAAGCUGAGUUUGGGACAGUACAAGAUAAGAUGAAUGUUAAGCUGGGCCAGAUGGAAAGCAAAACUCAACAUCAACUCCGUGUUUUAGACAAGCUUAUGGCUGAGCGGCUGUCCGCAGAGAGAACAGAGUGCCUUCACCGCCUGCAACAGCACGCUGAGCUGGAAAAAAGUGAGGGGGAGAAACGGCAGAUUUCCUUGGUCGAUGAGCUGAAGACUUGGUGCAUGUUGAAAAUUCAGAAUCUGGAGCUCAAGCUUUCUGGAGAUUCCAGGUCAUCAAGACCAAAAUCAACUUUGUCCACUUGUGAGUCUCUCACUGAGACCCUGGAUACCGAGAACAACCCCCACAGUGCCAAGGACUGUAAAGCCAACCAGCCUCUGCUGCAGUCAGAGGGCUCCCACCAGCAUUCCUUUAUCACGCUCCCAAAUAACCUCUCGGAAGACGGGGGAAGGAGCAGAGUCCAGGUGCCAGAACAGAGCUUUGGGCAACAGUUUUGCAUUCAGCAAGAUGGUGCAUCAGGUACAGAGCAACAGUUAAUCGUUGGUGGACCAGUUUCUUCUGCCCCUGCUCAAGAUGUCAGGCCGAAAGACAAAGCUGUUAGUGCCAGCACGUUCCACCGGUUCCAGCAGGAGCUGCCCUCCUCUGAGCUUUCAGGCUCCAAAUUAAGACAUGUGAAAGUUCAAGCUGCUUUGCAGCCCUUGACUGAACCUGUGAAGACCGAACCACAGAGCAACUACUUCAUCGACAAAGGAACUCAGACAAAGAAGUCCGGCAAGAGCGGGCAGGCAAGGCACAAAGCUCUGCACCAUGCCGGGGCACAUCCGAGCCAGGAACAGCAGCCCCCCACCUUGCCCGUGGGGCAGCCGCCUGCCCCUCCGCUCAGAGACACCUCCCAGGCCCUGGAGAUAACACAGUACUUCUUUGAGGCUGUCUCCACACAGAUGGAGAAGUGGUACGAACGGAAGAUAGAAGAAGCCCGGUGCCAAGCUAAUCAGAAAGCGCAGCAAGACAAAGCUGCGCUCAAGGAACACAUUAAAAGCUUAGAAGAGGAGCUCAGCAAAUUAAGGACUAAGGUGCAGAAAGAGAGCUAG